GCUGGCGGUUCAUGUCGUUCGUCGACAUUCAAUUGAAAAAUGUGUAGUAGUGCGGAGAAGUGAUGACAGAGUUCCGAAAACGUCCAAGACAAAAUAUGAAAAUUCCUUGUGCUUCUCAAGAUAAAUAAAACUAAAAAAUAAACAAAACGUACAACAAAAGGGUAAAAAAUUUCAGGAAGCGAGAAGAAAGAUUUUAUAAUAGGAAUUCCAAGGGGAAUGAAAAAAAAAUAAGAGAAGCAAGGAAAGUGAAGUGCCACUCCUUUAUGCGAAAGGCGAAUAUGCCAACAAUGGAGACAAAGUGCCCGGAGAAAUAGUGAACGGAAAACGCGAUAAUUAAAAUGGAUCUACAGUACGGGAUGGCGAGCUAGAAAGUACAUGUAAAAAAUUCCAGAACGAAGUCAGUUGAAUGCACGAAAAUGCAAUGAAAAGUGAAGUGAAUGCAGCCGAAAAAUAAGUAGAUGAAACAUGUAACGAGUGCGUGUGAAAUUCAAGUGAAUGAAGAAACAAGUCUGAGUGAGAUAAUUGAAACGUAAUUGGUGAUUAAUUAAAGCGCUCGGUAAAAUUAAGCACGAGUGGAAUGCGCCCAGAAAAUAAAGCUGGAAAAUAGCACGAAGUAAAAAAAGUUUAAGUAAAGAAUAUACCUGGAGUUGGGGUCAAAAGUCCCUCAGAAAAAAGUAGGUAGAGAAUAGAAGGAAAUGCAGUGAAGUGCGGUGCGAGGUCGAAGCAGUAUUUUCAAGCCGUACGAUUCACUGAUCCGUAUAGCAUAUGUGCCACCGGCGCAGAGCGUUCAAAAGCUCUGCAUGAGUCACUCACUUUUGUAAGCAAUCGCGCUAGCAGAGGCAGCGCUAGCCAGCAGCAAAGUAGCGUAGCAACAACAUAACACACACUCACCCCACAUAGGCGACUUGCAAUUACCAUAAUCAGAUGCAAUAAUUCAUUCAUAGACUGUUUAUAGAUAUCAAUAUUAAACACCCCCAAUAAAUAUAUAAAUUCCAAAUCGUCCACACAAAUACCGUCAAAAUGACAAGUUUUACAAGUCUGAAGGGUUGGUUUCGCAAGAAGGAACCCAUCUCUGAAAUUGGAAAUCCUACCAAUUUUCAGCGGCAUUACCACGUAUCCCGGAAUGAAGAGACUGGACAUCUGGAGGGCUUGCCAGCAUCUUGGACAAGGCUUAUGAAUGCGCAGAUCACCCGCGAUGAACAGGAUAAAAACCCAGAUGCUGCCUAUCAUGCAGUUAAAUACUACAACUAUUCCAUAAAGAAAAAGGACAACGACGUAUUUAAACCCUUCAUAACUGAAGAGGCUAUACAUGAGGAGUCCAAAGAGAUUGACAACUAUGUGAACUAUAAAAAUAAGCACAAGUCACAUGACCCCGAUAAAUCCGAUGACGACGAACUAUACGGUGGUGGCAGCUCGACAGGUGAGAGUGGUGCCUCCUCCAGUGGCAACAGCAAUAGCAGUAGCUUCAAUGAUAACCAGCAAGCCAUCCGCAUGACAGGUUUAAAUCAAGUGAUAAAAGAAUUAGAGUCAAAUUUACUCGCACAACGCGAAACAUUGAAACCAAUAUCAACAUUCACAGGUGACGACCGCCCACCAUUACCCGCCAAAAAAUUGCAAACCCUACCGCCUAAGCCUGUAUUAAAACCCAAACCUCGAGCUGUCACCCAGCAGCUCUCGCGUGGAGUAUCCGAUCUCACCGCUAUUAAUUUAACAGAGGAACCAUUAAACAAAAUUAACACAGAUACUAUAAUCCUGAAGCCCGCCGUUCCAGCAGCUGAUGGUGAUGCGGAGCCUGCUGACGAAUCUAUUUUGCGUCGCUCAAAAGAUAAACGUGCACAAAAGACAGACGCUGAGAUAUAUGAGGAGCUUCGAGCAAUUUGUAAUAUGGAUGACCCGCGCGAGCGCUACCACACUACACAGGAAGUGGGCAAAGGGGCAUCGGGUAUUGUAUUCAUAGCCGCAGAUUUGCAAACCGAAGCGCAGGUUGCCGUAAAAACAAUCGAUUUAAAAAAUCAGUCUUCAAAAGACCUCAUCCUUACCGAGAUACGAGUAUUGAAGGACUUUAAUCAUAAAAAUUUGGUAAACUUUCUGGAUGCAUAUUUGCUUGAACCAGAAGAUCAACUUUGGGUAAUAAUGGAGUAUAUGGAUGGCGGUCCGUUGACCGAUGUUGUCACUGAAACUGUUAUGAAAGAACGCCAGAUCGCCUGCGUUUGUCGUGAAGUGCUUUAUGCAAUAAGUUUUCUACAUUCCAAAGGUAUCAUUCAUCGUGACAUUAAGUCAGAUAAUGUCCUUCUGGGUAUGGAUGGUUCGGUGAAGGUUACCGAUUUCGGUUUCUGUGCAAAUAUCGAGGGCGACGAAAAACGCCAAACAAUGGUCGGUACACCAUAUUGGAUGGCACCGGAGGUUGUAACUCGUAAGAAGUACGGAAAGAAAGUAGAUAUCUGGUCAAUUGGUAUUAUGGCUAUAGAAAUGAUUGAAGGUCAACCACCAUAUCUCUAUGAGACACCUCUUCGCGCGCUCUAUUUAAUUGCUGCUAAUGGCAGACCAGAUAUUAAAAGUUGGGAAAAAUUAAGCCCUAAUCUGCAAGACUUCCUCGAUUGUUGUUUGCAAGUGGAGGUCGACAAACGUGCAACAGCUGAUGAGUUACUAAGGCAUCCAUUCUUAGAAGAUUGCAGUGAAGUAAAAGCGUUAGUGCCAAACAUAAAAGCAGCCAAAAAAGUAUUGCGGCGCAUGGUGUAAUGCACAAUGAAUGGGGGAAAACAAAGCAUCAACAACUGUGUAGACUAACAGAUAAAUGCACUACGUCUCAUGUUUAAUGGAUUGAAGUGCAAUUGUAAUAUUGGAUUAGCACAGUUGUACGAAUGAGCUGUGCCAGAACGUUGUGUAUUUUAGUUGCUUAUUUAUAUACAUAUACUAUAUAGACAUAAGUACGUAUAAGGCAAACGAUCGAACGGAUUUGAGGAAUAUGGGGUACGAAUAUGCUGUAUAGUUCUUAGUAGCUGCCACAUAGUCUUAUGUUAAGUCAAUGAGUAUGCCAGAAUGGUUAUGCAGCUAGAUAUUGCUGAAGAGUAGUCGGGAAGUGUGAAUGGCAGUCUGUUGCUGACAGAAAAAGUUGAAAGCGAAUCUACAUACAUGCAAUAUCAUGUUAUUUAAUGGAGUGGUGCUGUGAUGAAGGAAAUGCGAGAACAUCGCUGGUCGAAUAGUAUUGCAACGGGCAGACGAAAGAUAAUCAGAUGACAAUUUUGAAUGCACCACCAACGAACUAAAAUGAAGCCGCCAUAUCCAUAGUAAACCGAACACGGCUUUAGCUGCAGCAAUGGGAAUACUCGCAUCAACUAAACCAACAGCAGCAACAACUACUACUAUGUACUACUACUAAAUUACUGUACUACUAUUAUAUUAUAACUACGAAACUUAUCUGCUAUGCCUGACUCUCCCAAUUUGUAUUACAAAAAUCAGAAGAAGAAAAAACACGCACACCAAGCAAAAGUAGCAAUAAACUAAUUAUAAAUAUAUGUAUUAUUAUUAAAAGCGUUCGCAACUAUAGACAAACAAAUAGAAAACAAAUUGAAAUGCAAUAAACAAAUCUAAACGAUUGCAGUACUAAAGACUAGACUACAUAUAAACAUUAUUUCUAACAUAAAUAUAGGUAUACAUAUGUAGUUGCGUAGAUUUUUGUGGUUGUUGUAUUCAUUUAGCCGAUCCAUUCCACUCUCGUAUUGACAAAAUGUAGUUUAAAGAGCAAAGUUUCAAAAUAUGGAAACGUGAAGUGUUUAUUCCUAUAUUUCAAAUUCGUUCAAAAAUUAUUUGCUUUAUUACUUUGCGUAUAAAUGCCACAAUAUACAAACUGCUAGAGUUAUAAACAAAAAAUAAAAUUAAAACGAAGCUGGAGAUGGAGCUUAGGUACUAAAUAUAUACAUAUAGUAAAAGUUAGUCGCAUUUCUAUACAUUUUCAAAAAUACACGUGCACACACACACGCACAAAUAGAAACGUAUAUGUAUGUAUGUACGAACGGUUAGCGAUAUUUUCAUUGCCAAAAUUACUGUUAUUAUAUAUUAUUUAAUUACAAAUGUAAACGUGUGUAAAUUUUAAAUAAUUUUAAUUUUUUUCAGUGCAUACAUUUGUAGUUUUAUGUGCAUACGUACAUAUUUAUAUGCAUGCACAUACAUUUGUACUUUAUUUAAUGUAAUAUAUUUGUAGUUUUAAGCGUUUUCCCUUAAUUUUUUGUAAUAAUGUUUUGUUUGAUUAAAAAGCAAUUGCACACUUAUUGUAAUUUUGCAAAUUGUUUGAUUUUAAAUUAUAGAUAUGUAUGUAGUAUAUACAUAUAUGCAAACACAUACAAAACAAUACGUUUUAUACAAUUGAGAGUAAUACAAAACGUAAAUACUUGUAAUCAAUUAAAAUCAAUGUGAUUUAAGCGAUUUUAUCAAAGCUAUGCAAUGUCUUAAAAACUACGUUAAAUUAAAGAAAGAGAAAAAUUGUUCUAUGCAAAGCUGUUGUAAAUUUCCAAAAGUGGAAACCACUUAAUGAAAAUAAGUAAUAUUUAAGUACCAAAAAAAUUAAAUACAUAUAUUAAUCUUAAUAAAAAUUGUAUUCAAAAACAAGAAAAAACCCACAAAACAAUUGUACAUCAAUUAUCGGAGUAACAGCGUUAAAAAAGCAAAAAAAAACUACAUAGGAUACUAUGGGCAUUAAGGCAACAUUGAAUGUAAGAGCAAUAUCUCAACUUCGCGCAUUUGUAAUUUUUUAUAUUGCUUUUGCUUUUACAAAACGCAAAUUGUAUUGUUUGGUUAAUUUGCUAACUGACUGCAAGCAAUACAUAUAACUGAAAAACAUACAUACAUAUAGUAAAUACAUAAUAUAGUAUGUACAUAAGUAAGUCUUCUAAAUUUUUUUACACUGUUGUAAGCUAAAGUGCCAUUAGGUCUAAAUUUUGUAGAAGAAAAUAAACAUGCUGUUUUGUUUGAUGAAAACGAAAACACGUGCAUCAUUAGUUGUAUUUAUCUU